AUGCAUCUCGACAUUCCCAUUGGGUGGAAUAACAGGGUGGCUUCCCUCAUCUACGAUAUUCUUAUAAAGUACAGCUUUGGAAAGUCCAACUUAUGGGUAAAACUAGCUGUCUCAGCGGGACAGAAUGGCUUAACCGAUCUUUUAGUUUUCACUGGCCAGCCGCGGAAGCUGUAUUAUGAUGCGGAACGUAAUGUCAAGUACUGCUAUCUCGGCUCUCGUGUCUUUCCCAACGGAAGCCGCGACGGCUUCAAGUGUACCCUUCCACUUGCUGAUUUUGAUGACGUCGACUACGUGGUUCCCGUCUUUGAGAUCACAUGCGACCCCAACGGGUCGCACCCAACACCGUACAUUUGCGUUCCAGAGGUCGGCCCUUACGAUAACUGGACCCAAGCCAAUCGCCUCGCGCUCAGACUCGACUACAAGAAGAAUGAUGAAAUAUGCGGACGAUACCAGCACGCACACGACCACACAUUUCCAUACUUUGGCCUUGGAUAUUCUGAACACAAUAAGCAUUUGAAUGAACCUUGGGCUCAGGUCAUGGCCUGGAUAGCAGCGCUGACCAAUUUUGACUGGGCGGAGCGUACCUGGUUCCAACAUUGGGCUCUGACACCUUAUACUGUGACCAUCGAGUUCAUGCGGCCAUCCGAGCUUCACGAGGCAUUGAUCGUCACUAACCCUGGACCCAAGAAGAUUGAGGAGCCACCCAAACUCGUCGACCCGGAGGGCAGUAUCGAUGCGUUGAACAAGCUCUACGGAAUGAAGCACCGAGAAAUAACGGUCAACUACUGGUCCCCUAGGCUAUUGUCCAGCGGUAGGACUUCCUGCGAUUCUUGCUACAUUUCAGUGAACAACCCCUCGACUCUGCAUUGCCAGCCGUCAUGCAGAACAUGCACUCCGAAGCAAGUUGCCGUUCACAACAGCCGCAAGCUCGUGUGGACCUGCGAGUUCUGUAUGUCGCUCGGACGGGUUUGUACAUUUACCCCGGAGGGUUACCUAGACAAGCAUCUCGAGAGCCUCACCUCCCUGGCGUAUGUCAAGGUUCCGAUGAGUCACCUUGAUAUCCUGGCCAACGAGAAGCAUGUUGCACGACUCCUCCUUGACGGAGCCAAGAUAAAAGAGUUUGGCAAGCCUAUCAACAUGGUGGAUUCGGGAUUACAUACACGAAGGACAGACUUGAAUAUGAUGGGUACUAAGAGGACGAUCGUUUAG